AUGGCGGUAACAGCAUUGAUGCCGGACUCGCUUCCAGAGUCCGUGAAGCAAGCCGUCAGGUCCCCAUCGACGUGUUCGGCCUCCAUAGUCUCGUCGCUUCAGAUACUCCUUCGAUGUCCCACGAAAUCCAGCUCUGACAGCGGCCGCAGCAGCACCAAGACGACAAAAAGUUCAAAAUCUGCAACGUCUUCUACCACAGCGACGCGUGCGAAAUCUUCCCGGUCUGCCAAUGCGAAGAUCGCAGCAAAAGUUGCUGUGUUUCAGGGCCCCGCUGAAGUCCAAGAUGCAGCUGAUCUAUCACAACAAGAGAAGCUCGUCCUGGCUACAGAGGUCUUCAAUGCUGCAUCCAAAGCCUUGUCAGAUACAUUGCAACGAAGCGCAUCGUCAAAAACUCCUCUCCAACCAACCUCGCCAAACCGGAUCCUGACAUCACCCACAAAGACGAAAUCGUCAAAGGCGGUGUCACCUACGAUAGCUGGGUCGGAUGAUGGGGUGAUCGCAGUCGCUGAAUGUGCCAGAUUGGCUCUUUCGUGUCUUAGGACUCUGAAGAGCGACCAGGGUUGUGAGAACAAUGCAUGUCCAAACCUCCAACUCGAACAAGGAGCAUGUAUACUUGCCGGUCGGCUUAUUGCGCUGGGCCUGAAUGAAAUGGCAUAUAAGGAAUUGAGAGCUCUCAAGAGAAGACUACAGCAUUACAUAGACGGCAAAGCUCUAGACGGGCGGAAAAACGCGGAGAAGACAAAGACGGCAGUCGGCAACGAAGAUGAGGCGCUGAAGGAGUCAACAGCGGAUCUCCUUUCCUUCACACAUCUGGAGAAGGCCGGUUCCUUGCUUAGUACCCUCGUUCCAUUUCAGGCGAACGCAGUAAGACUGAUCGCGUCUGAAAAGAAAGCAUCUGUUGUCCAGAGGGCCUGCGCUAUUCUGGCUCUGUCAAAUCCGAGCAGUCCAGCCAAUAUCAUAAUGGACGCGCUCAAGGCCGGAAGUCUGUCUAGGGAUAAAGCCGCUUUACAACUACUCUCACUUUCAAACAACAUAAUGUCGCUCUCUUCGGUAACCCAGAAAUCAAGCAGCGCUGCUUCGUCGACCUCGAAAUUCCAAGUACGGCCGGUGACCACUCUCACGCUGCAACUUUUGUCGCUCGAAAUCCGGACCAUGUCGUGGAAAGUUUCUGGCCAUGUAUGCGAGUCUAAAAGAGAAUUCUGGGAUCUAUUAAUACGUUACCUGGAAGGAUUUGCUCAUAAUGGCCCCCGAAUUGACAGAACGGAGUUCGCCAUGGUUUACAAAACUGUGCGGCGACUACAGGCUGCAAUGACGAAGGAAGAUGAGAAGCUGCCAGCAGACGUGAAGGCUAGCGUAUCUUGGAAAAUUGCCUCUUCUCUCGGCAAACUCGCUCAAGAGGCCGGUUGUUUUGAAGAAGCACUGAAGCUCUACGAGGACGUCGUGACCCCCGUUUCUAGCGACCAGCCACUAUCGAUCAGCACAAUUCGCUGCAGAAUUGCAUCUAUUCAUUUUCAUUGUCUUAGAUCGUCCGAAAAUUAUCCUCAGGCAGCUGCGACACAAUCUCUUCGCGAAGCUGCCACGGCGUUGAAAUCCUCCAACAAGGGUAGCGCCAACGACCUAGAAGAGCUAUUCAUUGAAUCUGCGAAGUUGAAGAAGCUAGCUAUGGGGUAUCUUGGCGAUUCCUUCUCGGCUAAUCACGAGACAACCUGUGCCAACGGUGAAAUCUGCGCUUGUAUAGUUGAGUACCUGCAUGCGUUCAUCAGGUUUCUGAGGCGCUACGUUGGGCGACAACCACAAAACGAUAAUGAUAGCAAAGUUUGGGGACAGCAGCAGCAAGUGCUUCGCAGUUCUAAGAACAUCAUCGUUGCCGCUGUCGACUCCGCGGUAGCGGUUGGAAAGAUGUCGGUAAUACGACAGACCCCUGCCUGGGAGGACAUGGUGCCUAUCUUUGCCGACUGCAAACGCCUCCUUGGUACGCUCAAAUACCUCGCUGAAGAUUCGGAUGUUGACGACAACUGGCGAACGUCUUUUAUCAAAUUGUCCAAUAUUUUUUGGUCAAGAUAUCUCAAAGAAAAGGAGUCUGGAAAAGGGUAUGCAGAGCUUCUGCCGCUUUUGGAGCAGUCAACUAGCUUAUUGCAGAACUGUCCAGCCGCCGACAGAACUGCAGGCUUUGCUGCUCUAAAAUUCGAGAGACUUGCACACCUUUAUUCGGAGGCAAAAAUGGGUACAAAAUCAGUAACGGCGUUACAACGAUCGAUUCAAGAACACAUUGACUCUGAAACACUUCGACAAUUUGCCGCCAGCCUUGCCGGUAGGUCACCUCAUCGGUAUUGUCACAAUGCGCAAAGCCCCGGCUUCGUACUUAGUCGGGUUCUUUCCGCCUAUCUCAAAACCAAGAUACGUCGGAGAGAGGGCGAUGAGCAGGCCAUCUACGAUGACAAAUCCCUGGACUUCGAACAGCGAAGCGUUUUGCUUGAAUGGCAAAUGGGUCUCCUGGUGGAAUCUCAAAGCCAUGACGCUGACAGUGAGACUUUUCGGUCAAUGCUUCAGCUUCUGCUUUCCGAACUCCUCUGUUUGUAUUCGCAGGAACGCCACCCUAUCCGUCGUCUCCGUGUUAUCCUCUAUGUAUUACGAUUCACGUUGCAACAUCCCAAUGCCAUCGACGGUGCGGUUGCUGAAUCAUUGGUUAAAGAUGCAACCUCAAGUCUUUCAAGUAACACUGGCCUUGCUCAAGAUACGGACUUGGAAAACUUUGCAACCAAUAUCAAGGAUUCUUUACAUCUUGUGCUCGCGUUCCGCCGAGGUGACGUGCAGGAAGAGCAGCUGAUGAAGGUGGUGUCCUCGUGGAUUUUGCUUGUACGGAAAUGCGAUGACUGGGAGUCUCUCGAAUCCCAUGUUGACGAUCCAGAACAUUGGAUUGCCCAGAUCAAGGCUGCUUCAGAUUAUAUGGAAGCUCGCGGAUUGUGGAAACUCAACUUAGCAACUUCAGAACUACUUCUUCACGUCAUGGAACUACAGUCUAUUAAGGACUUUUCGGCCGUCAUUCUUUGCUUGUCUCGUUGUGCAUUGCAAUACUGCCGCCUUGGAGAUUGCAGGAGAUGUCUUGCGCUUCUUAAUCGUGCUGGACACUACGCCAACACCCAGAACAUCUCAUGCUACGCAUUAGUGUCCUACAAUUUGGCGCUUGCAGAGUAUUUGCUCGAGACUGGUGAAUCGGCGAAAGCUGAGAAGACACUUUUGGCUGCUCAGGCCAUUUAUGAAUCUAGGUCAAGCCAGAAAGAUAUCGCCAGCGAAUCCGGUCGAUCGAAACUCGCAUGGGAAAGGACCGUCAUUGAUGCGACUCUUCUAUACUCCCGAAUUUCUCAUAGCCAAGGGUCACUGAAAAACGCGUUAUUUUUUGCUAAGUUGUCUGUGCGACUAAGUUCCAGGCUUUGGGCUAAAUUGGAGCGUUUAUCCGGGAGAAAGAGAGACUCCGAGCAGGUCACAAAGGAACAAUCGGAGAUCGAUCUUGUGACCGAUGGCGUAGCCAACCUUGACCUUUCUGGCGCUGCGUCUUCGGCUUGGAGUUACUCAGAAGGCGCAGUGUUUUGGACUCACGUCGUCUCCCAUCAUUCUUGCUUAAUGAAUCUCAUGCGCCUGUCUGCUCAUAAUGGCCUGCUUCAAGAUGCCAUUUACUAUGGAGAACAAGCAUUGAAAAUAAACAAGUCGCUCGAUGCUUCUCUCCGAUCGGUCGCUUGUCAGGCACAGCUAGGACUCGAAUGGAUUCGUGGCGAUCGUAUCUCAGAAGCUAAGGAUCACCUGAAUGCAGCAGUCGACAUUUCUCGGGAUAUGGAUAACAGCAUCGAGAUUGUGACUUUAAAAACCAGCAUUGCUGCUCUGAGGAAGGCUCAGGGCCGUCAUGACGAGGCUCUUCGUGUUCUGCGUGACGCUGAAAAGGCCAUCGCUGAGGUUUCCGAAAUCAAGUUGGAUUCCUCGCUGAGUAUUAUCCCUCCUGAACUUGGGAUAGAGGAGAAGAUGGCCGAUAUGACAAUUCGCAAACCAAGUGUCAAGAAAGAAAACGAUUCAACGUCAACUCGUCGUUCUCGAAGAACUAAGGCGCCUUCAAAGAGCAAUGCUAGGGUGGAUAAGGACACAGAUAUAUGUGCUGACUCUGUUCAGUCACAUUCCAUCCAGCUGUUCAGGACUGAGAUCCUUCGACAGCAGGCUACUAAUCUGUUGGCUACGCAGAAUCUUGAUGAAGCCCUCCGACUCUUGAACAUGGCCCGUCAAUUCUCCGUUUCCACAGGUGGUCAGAUCUCGUUGCAAAUAGAAGAGAUGAAGCACCUGCUAGCGGAUUCUCUGAGAAGCGUUGCAACUCAUGCGGUUUACUGCGUCUUGCCGGAAUCAACAUUGUCUGUGCCGUCGAUACAAAGCGGUGUUCUCGACAUGGUGAAGUCCCCUGUAGCGAAGAACCCGUCGACCGCGAGGAAACAGAAAACCACGACUAGAGAACCACGUUCACGAACUACAAAGACGGCUAAGAAAGAGUCUGACAUCUCCAGCGUCAUGUCGAAAGCGAGGAUGUCUAUCUGCGAGACAGUCAAGAGCGCUGCCGCAUUUGGAUCAACAAUUGAAGGCCAUGCUGCGUCACGUUUAAUGGGCAGCAUAUCUAUGCUUUUGCAUGCUACGACCCCUGGGCACAUUGACGAGGGACCUUUGACUUCAUCCAACGCAAAUGAACUUGGUCGCAUCACUGCCUUUGCACGUGAGCGCAUGGCUAUCGACAUAGAUAAACAACUUGCUGGCUGUUCAGACUCUUUAAGCUGGCCGACAUCGCCUCUGGUGGACUGCGAAACGGCGGACGUUGUUUCAAAGUUUACCCAAGAAUAUAUCGACAUCUUGCCGUCCAACUGGAAUGUUGUGUCCAUUUCACUUAAUGCAGACCGCACCGAGUUCGUGAUUUCCAAAAUUCGCCGCGGCAGUACACCGUUCCUCUUGCGAUUGCCCCUCAAAAGAGGCAAUGAAGACGACGAAGAGGAAGAGGAUGAGUUUACCUUUGACGCAGGCAAGCAGGAAAUGAAAGAGAUUAUCAAACUUGCCAACGAGAGUGCCCACGAUGCGCGCUCUCGCGUGGACAGGAACUCCAAGAAGGAAUGGUGGGCCACUCAAAAUAUCUGGCUAGGAGGCUUCCGGGGCAUCUUCUCUGCCACUCAGGAUUCCGAACUGUUGCCACGAUUCGCCAAGUCGUUUGAAAACAUCCUGAAUAAACAUCUUCCCUCGCGACGCAAGGCCGGCAGCAACAAGGGAGAUAAGGUCAAGCUUCACCAAAACGUACUCGAGCUUUUUGUCGGUCUCCAGGACCUUGAUGACCAUGAAAACCCGGAGGACUCGAUCAUGGACUUACUUUACUUUGUCGUGGAUAUUCUACAAUUCCAAGGCGAGCGCAAUGCCUACGAUGAGAUCGAUUUCGAUAUGAUGGUUGUCGAUACUCUCGACGCCCUGAGGAGUUACCAUGAGGCCGCCCGAAGCGAAUCGGAUCCCAUGCGACCAAACCAUACGAUCCUGAUCCUGGACAAGGCUCUCCACUUGUUUCCAUGGGAGUCAUUGCCGUGUCUGCAAGGGCUCCCUGUUUCCCGUGUUCCAUCUCUAGAAUGUCUGCGCGAUAGGAUUCUACGUUUCGGACAGACAGCUUCAGAGGACUUGCCCAACAAUUUCCGAAUUGAUCGCGGCAACGGGGCGUAUAUCCUCAACCCUAGUGGAGACCUGAAAACGACACAAAGUACUUUUGAAGAGGAUUUGUCCAAUAUGAAGGGGUGGUCUGCCAUUGUCAAUCGGAGUCCGACCGAAGAAGAGUUCAAGACAGCAUUGGAGAACAAAAGCCUGUUUCUCUACUUUGGCCACGGCAGUGGCGCUCAAUACAUCCGCGGUCGCACGAUCAAACGGCUCGAUCAAUGCGCAGCCACAUUCCUCAUGGGCUGUAGCAGCGGCUGUCUGACAGAAGCUGGCGAGCUGGAGCCCUAUGGGACCCCGAUGAACUACAUGCAUGCCGGCACUCCCGCUCUGGUGGCUACACUUUGGGACGUGACUGAUAAAGAUAUCGAUCGAUUUGCGAAAAGCACUUUUGAGAAAUGGGGUCUGAUGCAAGGAAACAAGCCUUGCGACAUCGAAGAACCUGCGGCCCAGGCUAUCAAAUCCAGAGGCGCCAAGAGGAAAACGGGUGCUACGAAGGCAGCCUCUCCUGAUGUCGAGCCUAGUCAAGAUGUUGCCCUCGAUGAGGCGGUUGCGAAGUCACGAGACUCUUGUCUGUUGAAGUAUCUAAAUGGGGCGGCGCCAGUGAUUUAUGGUAUUCCUGUAUAUCUGAGUCCAUAG